AUGUUGGACAUGGGAGAUAGGAAGGAAGUGAAAAUGCUGCCGAAAUCCUCCUUUAGCAUAAACAGCCUGGUGCCCGAAGCCGUCCAGAGCGACAACAACCACAGCAGCCACAGCCACCACAACAGCCACCACCCCCACCACCAUCACCACCACCACCACCACCACCACCACCCGCCGCCGCAGCAGCCCCAGCGAGCCGCCGCGGCCGAGGAGGAGGACGAGGAGAAGGGCCAGCUCCUCCUGCCGCCCCCCGCCGCCGCCGCCGCCGCCUCCGGCGCCCUGGAGGUGGCCAAGGCGGACAUGCUGGCGGGCAAAGGCGACGCGGGCGCGGCGGCGGCGGAGCUGGAGGAGAAGGAGAAGGCGGCGGAGGAGAAGAAGGGGGCGGCGGAGGGGGCCAAGGACGGGGAGAGCGGGAAGGAGGGGGAGAAGAAGAACGGCAAGUACGAGAAGCCGCCGUUCAGCUACAACGCGCUCAUCAUGAUGGCCAUCCGGCAGAGCCCCGAGAAGCGCCUCACGCUCAACGGCAUCUACGAGUUCAUCAUGAAGAACUUCCCCUACUACCGGGAGAACAAGCAGGGCUGGCAGAACUCCAUCCGCCACAACCUCUCCCUCAAUAAGUGCUUCGUCAAGGUGCCCCGCCACUACGACGACCCGGGCAAAGGGAACUACUGGAUGCUGGACCCCUCCAGCGACGACGUCUUCAUCGGGGGCACCACCGGCAAGCUCCGCCGGCGCUCCACCACCUCGCGGGCCAAGCUGGCCUUCAAGCGGGGCGCCCGGCUCACCUCCACCGGACUGACAUUUAUGGAUAGGGCAGGAUCCUUGUACUGGCCUAUGUCCCCCUUCCUCUCCCUGCACCACCCCCGGGCCAGCAGCACUUUGAGUUACAAUGGGACCACGUCCGCCUACCCCAGCCACCCCAUGCCCUACAGCUCAGUGUUGACUCAAAACUCCUUGGGAAACAACCACUCCUUUUCCACGUCUAAUGGGUUAAGUGUUGAUAGACUAGUCAAUGGAGAGAUACCUUACGCCACUCAUCACCUCACAGCAGCAGCUCUGGCCGCCUCAGUGCCGUGUGGCUUGUCAGUUCCCUGCUCCGGCACCUAUUCCCUAAACCCCUGCUCUGUAAACCUCCUAGCAGGACAGACGAGUUACUUUUUCCCCCAUGUUCCUCACCCUUCAAUGACUUCUCAAAGCAGCACUUCAAUGACGGCCAGGGCAGCCUCCUCCUCCACGUCGCCACAGGCGCCCUCCACUCUCCCCUGUGAGUCCUUAAGACCUUCUUUGCCAAGUUUUACAACGGGACUUUCCGGAGGACUUUCUGAUUAUUUCACACAUCAAAAUCAGGGGUCUUCUUCAAACCCUUUAAUACAUUAA